AUGCCUUCUGUAAUCGAAGUAUGGUUCCAAAAUCGACGAGCGAAAUGGCGUAAAAGCGAGCGGCUGAAGGAGGAGCAACGCAAACGCGAGGGUGGAGGCGGCAGCGGCGGCGGUGGCGGUAACGUGGAAUCCUCCGCUCUGAGCGCGCCGACGUCCUCGUCGGCCGGUCCGAGCCCCACGGGGAACGAUCCGGAGGGCACCACAACGAGCAGCAGCGCGGCCGACAUGGAGGACGGCAUCGCGGAAGGCGGCGGCGGCGGCUCCAGGAGCCCCAGCACGACUUCCGCCUCGGUCAGCCCCCGACCCCAGCCGAGUCAGCCGUCCCUAGGUGGCGUCUCGACGCCACCGCCGACCCCCAUAAGGGCGCCACCGCCGCCACCGAGCACCGUAGGGGGUCUCGGACCGCCUGCCGAGAGCACCACGGGAAUAAGCGCUGGCUUCAGGCCAGUAGAGCCGCCGACGUCCAUCUUCUUCUCGCCCCAUCUGGCCGCCCAAUUCUCGCCGCCGCUCUUCGGCAACAAGGUCGUCAGCAGCGCGUCGACAUCGCUGACCUCGACGACGCCGUCUCUGUGGACCACCAGCGACCAGCAUCGGCCGAGCAGCCUCCAGGAGAUGCUGUCCUGGUCGCCGACCGGCUGGCCCGGUUCCAUCUGCGGCUGCUGCAAGCCGGGCACCGCCGGCACCGGCACCGAUCUCCAUCGGAGCAACAGCCUGGCCGAGCUGCGAAGGAAAGCUCAGGAGCACUCGACCGCCUCGGCCCUUCUCGGCGGCCUCGCCGGCUUUCCAGGCGGUCUGCCUCUGCCUCUGCCUCUACCACUGCUGCCGCCCUUGCUGGGUCUUUCCAGGCGACCAGAGCACCAUCAUCAUCAUCAUUUGCCCGGUGUGGUGCACCAAAUACAGCCGACCACCAAGGAGGAUCCAUAGGAUCGUCCUCUCGACGGAUGCCGAAAUCAUCUCGUAAACGUGGCGUGAAUCCCGUCAAGGGGAUGUAAAUCAUCGGGUGAUUGCAAAAAGUCGGGAGCGGUGUAAUGAUCUCGGUGAGUUCGAAUUUCGAUGCUGUAGAGAUCAUUUAUCUCUGUGUUCUCGUAUAACGGAAAUAUAGAGAAUUCUUCUCUUCUUCAAAUAGAUGUUAUUAAUUAAUAUGGAAAUCAUAUUUUUUUUUUUUUUUAUUAUUUUUGGAUUGUAGAAUUUAUCCGAUCAAAUCGUAGAUUUUAUUCGAUUUAAUGAUUCAAGUUUCACGUCUAGAGCAUCGAAAAUUGUACUUUUCGAGAUUAGACUGCUCCUCAAUCUUUACAAGUGCUUUCCUCAUUAUGAUUGCAUUUGAGUUUUAUUGUAUUUUAUUAUUUUUUUUUUUUUUAACUAAGAAACUUUUUCGGCAUUAUGGUGAACGAAUUUACGAGUCUCAAUUCCGGCAGGCGACUAUGAUUUAUUUAACGAACCAUAAUGCCGUGAAUUGAAUUUUGCAAACUAUAUUCAUAUUACCUUCGAUUGUAACUUGUUAAAAUAAAUUACGAUGCGCUUAUUAAGAACUUGCGCACUCUUGAUAGAAAAUUUUGUUUUAAUUCAUAUAACGCGCUGAUUUUUUAGAAGAAUGAGAGAUUUUCAUUCGAAGCAAAUUCGACAAUCAACUGCAUUUUCAUUUAUAUAAGAAAGAGUCGACUUUAUAAAGUUUUGUCAAGUUAUUUUUCAGCCCAACUAUUUUCUUCUUACAAAAGUUACUAAUACUUAAAUUUUUUAAGUAGAACACGGGAUAUUUUUUUAUCAUUCUCGAAAAUUUUUUCUCGACUUUCUAUCUUAAUACAAAUGAGAAAGAAAUAGGAUUACAUUUUAAUACUCGUUAAAUAUGCAAUAAACUGUUGAAUAACGCAGCACUAUCAAUUUACAAAUUACUUUGUUAUAAUCGCAGACGAGAUGUAAAUAGGUGACGUUCAUCAAACAAUAAUCUUUAGUAGUAUUCACAGACAUAAACGUUCUUCUCACGUAUAAUAAUCAACAAUAAUGUUCAAAUCUUCAUUCUAUGCUACUGAGUGCUACUUUAUUUAUUGCCUUAACUUGCGAUGCAAACAUAUUUAUAUCACCACUACUACUUCCAAUGAAUACCGUUACGCAAAAUAUUGAGUUCCAGACACAACGAGUUUGGCAAAUCUGUUAUUUACAAGUGAAGACAAUUUCUGCAAAAAAAAAUCUACGAGAAGAGGAGACUAGAUUUCGAUCUGACAUGUUAAAUUUAAAACGUCGCGAUUUGUAUAUAAUGGAAAUAACAGCGGCGAGAAAAAAAUGGGAGCGAAAAAAAAAACGACACGAUAAGAUCGCGAUUCACAUUAUACAGAACAAUGAUACAACGAAAUACUUUUGCAUACUUAAUACAAAAUGUAUUUGCUCUCAAAAUAUCGUUACACAUAUUCAUAUGCAGGGUGUCCAGCAGACUCAAUGAAAAAAAUUCCCUGACUUUUUAGUAUU